AUGCCGACUCUUCAAGACAUAUCCGAUUGGCGCUCUUCCAAAUGGUUCAUCGUUGGAACCAUUAUUGUCGCUUUAUUUAGCGAGACAUUUCUCUAUGCAUUCAUUGUUCCGAUUUUAGGGCACAUGAGCGAGAACCGUCUACAUAUAGACCCCUCUCAUACACAAAGUCUCACUACCACCGUCCUCGCUUUUCAUGGGAUGAUUGCCGUUAUCUCGGGUCCUGUUAUCGGACAUUUCGCCGAUAAAUUUGAAAGCCGCAAGAACCAACUCCUUAUAUCGAUAAUUGUUUGUAUCAUUGGUACUCUGGUUGUUGCCAGCGCUUAUUCAGUCACUAUACUCUUGAUUGGCCGGGCACUGCAAGGUGUAGCGGAGUCUAUGGUAUGGAUUGUCGGCCUAGCAGCAGUGACCGAGAUCGUCGAUGCAAAUCAAAUAGGUACAGUGAUGGGGUUUCUAACCUCGUUAAUCAACACAGGGAUGCUGGUAGGGCCCUUGGCUUCUGGAUUCCUAGUAGAGAACACAAGCUGGUGGAUUAUGUGGUCCAUACCGCUCAGUGUUCUGGCAUUGGAUCUCCUCGCGCGUGUGAUAAUGUGUGAUCCUCCCCCGAAGGAAGACCACAAGCCUGAGAAUGAAGAAGAAGCAGCAAACUUGCUUUCUGGUCUAGAGCAUGAAGAACCUUUGUCAACUGAAUCGAACUUUUGGAAGGUUAUGAUGUGCGACAAGCGCGUCCUGACACUGUUGCUGGUUGGAAUCACUUCCAUGGCUGUCAGUUCGAGUUUUCAUGCGACAAUUCCUCUCCAUGUAGAAGAGGCUUUUGGAUGGGGCCCCAGCGAGACUGGACUCAUAUUUGGGUGCCUCGUAUUUCCAAUCCUUUUCAUCAGUCCUAUCGCGGGCUGGGUUCGCGACAGAGUUGGGGUACGAAUCCCUGCUACAGUCUCCUUGGUCAUGCAGGCAGUGAUGCUUGUCCUAGCGGGAGUUUCUGGAAAGAUUCGCUUCCCGGGGGAUACCCACAACCACGUUGGACCGGCGCUCUACAUUAUCUCGCUCCUUGGUGGCAGUGCAUUUAGGCCCUUCACGUCGACUAUCGGACCGGCCGAGUUGUCUACUAUCGUGAGAGAGUACCAAUCCAGGACCCCGGGGAUUUUUGGUCCGCAAGGAGGCCUCUCGCGUGUGUUUUCUAUGGUUGAUGUUUCGGCCAGUCUUGGGAUGACGCUCGGCCCGAUGUUCGGAGGUAUUCUGAAAGAGACGAUAGGUUAUACCUACAUGACUUUGGUUUUCGGUAUCAUAAACCUAGCUCUCGCUGUGCCUGUAUUCAUCUACCUACGGCCUAGCGACAUGGAUGACAACAUCCCUCAAGAGAUAGAAUUAAAGGGGCCAGGGAACACCACGGAGUCUAAAGAUGUUUGA